GCAGCGCGCGGGCCCAGGUGCCUGAGGGGAAAGAAGCGCUGCGGUGACAGUGAUCCAGCCACUCGGGCCACCCACCCACCCUGCCGCCUUCUGCCACUACUCACCCAGUCGUGCCCACACCCCUGGCCUUGCCGCCACCGUCGCGGUACCACUCGCCGCUUCUCCUGCUUCACUGCGCCCUCCGGACCAGAAUCUCUUUGGAGCCGCUGUCGCCAUCCUCUUCCGGCGGUCCGUUGGCCGAGUGGAAGUGCAUAGUGCCGGGAAGAAAAGGGCUGGAGAGUGGCUCCUGCGCAAGCGCAAGACACCGGACGUAGUUUCUCACUGGACCCCACUAAGAGCCGGACUAGCGCCGGAUGUUGCCGUUGCGGGGAGGGUGGGCUGACGGGUAGGCUGGCCGCGCGCACGCGCACGGAGCACGGUCCACGCCAGCUUAGGUACUCAGGUGAGGAGGGCGGGGUGCACCUGCAGGGCCCUGGCGUGGAGCUGGUCUCACUCCGUGUGGUAGGCUCCAGGCAGGACUCGAGGCGGAAGCAUCAGUCUGAGGAGGGCUGUGGGACUGAUGCAGUUCUGUUCACAGAGCGCGAUGCGGUGACGCCUCUAAAGAAUCAUGGCAGCGGCUGACGAACUGGCCUUCCAUGAGUUUGAGGAAGCCACACAUCUUCUGGCAGAGAGCCCAGAUGCAGCCACUACAAGGCAAAGUGAUGCGCUGACCUCACGGGAACACGUGGCUGUGGUUGUGGGACCAGGUAUUGGUUAUGGAGCCGAGGAGGUGGAGGGAGAGGAUGACAAGACAUCGCUUCUACGGGAAGAAAAGCCACAGCCAAGAUUCUGGACGUUUGACUAUUACCAGGGCUUCUUUGAUGUGGACACCUCCCAGGUCUUGGACCGGAUCAAAGGCUCGCUGCUGCCUCACCCUGGCCACAACUUUGUGCGGUACCAUCUUAGAAAUCGGCCUGACCUAUAUGGUCCCUUCUGGAUCUGUGCUACUUUGGCCUUUGUCCUGGCGGUUACUGGCAAUCUCACUUUGGUGCUUGCACAGAGGCGGGACCCCUCCAUCCACUAUAGCCCCCAGUUCCACAAGGUGACAGUAGCGGGCAUCACCAUCUACUGCUACGCGUGGCUAGUGCCGCUGGCACUGUGGGGCUUCCUCCGGUGGCGCCAGGGCACGAGGGAGCACAUGGGGCUGUACACCUUCCUGGAGACUGUUUGUGUCUAUGGCUACUCACUCUUUGUCUUCAUCCCCACCGUGGUCCUGUGGCUUAUCCCAGUGGAGUGGCUGCAGUGGCUCUUUGGAGCAUUGGCCCUGGCCUUGUCAGCUGCCGGGCUGGUGUUCACCCUGUGGCCUGUUGUCCGCGAGGAUACGAGGCUGGUGGCUGUGGCACUGCUGUCUGUGGUAGUAUUGCUUCACGCCCUCUUGGCUCUAGGUUGUAAGCUGUACUUCUUCCAGCCACUGCCUCUGGAACAUGUGAUACCAGCACCCCAAGCCACACCUCUGUCUUCCAGUGUCCUGCUGCCCACCUCAGCCCGGUCCAUGACAACCUUCUAGGAAGGCCAGGCCAAACUCAAGGGGCUAUUACCUGUCCUGCCCUCCCUGUGAAGAUUGGAGGAUUCUUGGACCCUGGAGACAACCCUGCUACUUUGCAGGCUUUUCUUACAAAGCAAACACUUUUAUUUUCUAUGCAAA